GACCUCCAUUGCAAGUUUCGUCCAAAGACCAAAGCUCCAACCACCACCACCGGCAGCAGCUCCGUUGUCGCCUUGUCGGUGGUCGCCAUCCCCAUGGAAUCACGUCGCCUCCACAAAAUCGAGGCCUAGCCAGCUCUGCCGCCACCCAAAACCCUAGCCCCCCCCCCGCCCGCUCGCGCCAUGUCGUCGUCAUCUCGUGUCGCGGAGAUCGAGGUUGUGGUGGCCGACGGCGGCGCCAGGAAGGGGGCGGAAGAGCCGAAGAAGCUGAGCGGGGCGGAGCCGGACCCUGUGGUGGACGUCUACUCUGCCGCGGCUUACGGGGAUCUGGACCGGCUGCGGCGGUUCGUGGAACGGGAAGGCGGCGCCGGGUCGCUCUACGCGCCCGACGGCAACGGCUACCAUGCGCUCCAGUGGGCCGCGCUCAACAACUAUCCCCACGUCGCGCUCUACAUCAUCGAGCAUGGGGGUGACGUGAACGCGGAAGACCUUGCACAGCAGACGGCGCUGCACUGGGCGGCUGUGCGCGGGGCCACGUCUGUGACAGAUGUGCUGCUGGAGAGCGGCGCGAGGCUGGAAGCAGCCGAUGUGAAUGGCUACCGGGCAGUCCACGUCGCAGCUCAGUAUGGCCAAACAACAUUCUUGCAUCACAUUGUCUCAAAGUAUGGUGCAGACUUUGAUGCUUUGGACAAUGAUGGAAGGAGCUCAUUGCACUGGGCCGCUUACAAGGGUAAUGCAGAUACAAUCAGGUUACUGCUCUUUAUGGAUGCUAAUCAAGUAAGACAGGACAAAAAUGGUUGUACUCCCUUACAUUGGGCUGUCAUAAGAGGAAGUUUGGAGGUUUGCACGCUUCUUGUGCAUGCUGGCACCAAGGAGGAACUGUCAUUGAAGGAUAGUGGUGGAUUUACUCCUUUGCAACUUGCAGUAGACAAAGGUCAACGGCAUCUUUCCAAUAUCCUUUCCAAUACUCCAAAAGUAAGCUUUGGAGACAAAUACUGCUCAGAGAGGCUGGGGAAGGCUGGAUAUGCACCUAUCCUAUUUUCUUAUCUUGUUGUCCUCAUAAUCCUUUUCCUGAAGUCAAUUGUUUUUGCACCUGAUUUUUCUAGAAUCACUGCUGGUGUUGGUCUUUGGUCAUGGGCUGCUAUUUCUCUUGCCUUGGCAUCACAAGUGGUGUUCUACAGACUUAGCAGAAAAAAUCCAGGCUACAUCAAAGCAAACACCAAGGGGCUUGAUCCGAAGGAACCACUCAUGGAGAUCGAUUUUAGUUCCUCGACUUGGACAGGCAAUUGGUCUCAAUUGUGCCCUACUUGCAAGAUAAUUCGCCCUGUGCGCUCUAAACACUGUCCAACUUGUGAGCACUGUGUUGAACAGUUUGACCAUCACUGCCCCUGGAUAUCAAACUGUGUUGGAAAGAGAAAUAAGUGGGACUUUUUGGUGUUUCUUUGUAUGGGGAUAACCACAACCCUUCUCGGUGCUGGUGUUGGAUUCCACAGACUUUGGGCAGAGCCCAUUAUACUCUCGUCUUCUGAGUCAUGGACUCACUUCAUGGUGACAAAACAUCCUGGUGCUGCAUUGUUCAUGUUCAUGGAUGUCUUCUUAUUAGCUGGAGCUCUUAUUCUGGCAGGAGCACAAGCAACACAGAUAGCACGGAAUCUCACAACUAAUGAGGCAGCAAAUCAGUCGCGCUACGCCUAUCUCCGUGGGCCUGAUGGACAAUUCAGAAAUCCUUAUAACCAAGGUUGCAAGAGGAACUGCGCUUAUUUUCUUGUUAAUGGCUACAGCAACGAUCAAGAGGCCGCAUGGCCAACCCUUCAACAAACUGUACAAAUAAGCUAGGUUCCUUCUGGGAUCUAAAUGUGUGUUUUUGUGUGUGUUUGUCCAGAGUAUAGAAAUUUCUCCCUCCAUAUACUAUCAUCUAUUUAAGAUGACCUUCACCCGUUCUUCAGUUUUUCAAAGAAGUUUGAAUCUAGUUCACGGGAGAGGCAGGAGGUGGUGGGCUGGUGGCGGCAGCAACGUGGUGUCUAGCCGGGUUGUUUGCUGUGCUGGCCAUAGACGUCUAUUGGUGUAAGUGUAGAAAGGGAAUGAUGUUUUUUGCAUCAAGUUGAUAUGAAACCCAAGUUGAUAA